CAGGCUGUGCGUCCGAUGAGCUGGUGGGUGGCCUGGCGCAGCCCCUUGCUUAUCUUCCAGCGCUUGGGCUCCUCAGCCUCGUGGGGCGCCCGGUCGAAGCCCCCCAUUCUCCAGCCCUCUCACCCGCUCUUUGCUCCACGCUCCCCUUCCGCUGCAGAAAGUUGGUCUCUGGCCCCCCCGAGGGAGACACACAGGAUCUACAAGCAGAAGCUGGAGGAGCUGACCGCGCUCCAGACGCUCUGCAGCGCCUCCAUCAGCAAGCAGAAGCGGCACCUCAAGGACCUGAAGCGUGCACUCCAGAGGUACAAGCGCCAUUCCAGUCAAGAGGAGGCGGAGCUCAUUCAGCAGAUAGGCGCCAACAUCAAGGAGCGGCAGAAUGUCUUCUUCGACAUGGAGGCCUACCUGCCGAAGAAGAAUGGGCUCUACUUGAAUCUGGUUCUUGGCAAUGUGAAUGUGACUCUCCUCAGCAACCAGGCCAAGUUUGCGUACAAGGACGAGUAUGAGAAGUUUAAGCUCUACCUGACCAUAAUCCUGCUUCUGGGAGCUGUGGCAUGUCGCUUCAUCCUUCACUACAGGGUGACAGAUGAAGUUUUCAACUUCCUGCUGGUGUGGUACUACUGCACCUUGACCAUUCGGGAGAGCAUUCUCAUCAGCAAUGGCUCCAGGAUCAAAGGCUGGUGGGUGUCCCACCAUUACGUCUCCACGUUCCUGUCUGGAGUGAUGCUGACGUGGCCUAAUGGACUCAUUUAUCAGAAGUUUCGAAAUCAGUUUUUAGCCUUCUCCAUUUUUCAGAGCUGUGUUCAGUUCCUACAGUACUAUUACCAGAGGGGCUGCCUCUACAGAUUGCGGGCCCUGGGGGAGAGGAACCACCUGGACCUCACGGUGGAAGGGUUCCAGUCUUGGAUGUGGCGGGGCCUCACCUUUCUCCUGCCUUUCCUUUUCUGUGGCCAUGGAAACGGAUGGGUGAGUGCUGCCUGUCUCCCUGUCUCCAGUUCUGGCAACUCUACAAUGCCGUCACGUUGUUUGAGCUCUCCAGCCAGGAGGAAUGCAAAGAAUGGCAGGUAUUUGUGCUGGCACUCACCUUCCUCAUCCUCUUCCUCGGCAAUUUCCUGACCACACUCAAAGUCGUGCACACCAAACUCCAGAAGAACAGAAACAAGACAAAGCAGCCAUGAGCCUCCGGACUCUUGGGCCUGGGGGCCUUGGGACUUGAGAAGGACUGCGGGAGAUUGCAGUCAGCAGCCCAGCUGCUGGGCACUGCAGCCGUGGGCAGCAGCAUCUCAGGGGCCAGCAGCAGCACCCGGAGCAGGACCAAGGCCCUGGUCCCUGGCCAGACGUGAGGAAUGUGAAGGCCGCCCGUGCACGCGCGUGCGCACAGUAUUGCCCUGCCCCAGCGCCCUAUUUAUAACCUAUUUAACGCCGGGUCUCUCCCCCCACCCCUUCCCUGGAAUCUGCGGCCUUCCCUGCAGCUCUGGGUGAUGGCAGUGGCCACACCUGUGUCUGUCUUCCAGGGAGGGGCGAAAAGCCUCAGGGACCCCCCUUCCCGCUCCUUUCAUUUGAACCCCUCCCUGGGGUUUAGAUGUGCCUCACGGGGGUUGGCCUCAGCUGACCUGCUCUUUACUGUGGCCCAGGCACCCGGUGGAAUGAAACUUUCAGCAUCCUGUGGAGCCCCCCCCUCCCCUGGGCCACCAUCUGUUGUAAGCCCCCCCCCCCAUAUCCCCCACCCUCUGUGAUGAGGGAGUAUUUAAGUCCUCAGAGAACCUGCCUGUCUUGUCUCUUGCUUUGUGUCUCCUGAGUUGCCUGCCUGCUGGCCACUGGGGACAAGGGGCGCAACCUACUCUGGACCUAGAGGUCUGUUCCCCUCGGAGCAGGCGGCAGGGUUUUAAGGAUGGUCUCCACCAGAGGGCGCCCGGCCUCUGGGUUCUUUGCGAUCCAGGGGGCUCUUAAGGUUUUCUCACUGCUGCCCUUCAUUCAGCCUUUCUUCACAAGCUUGCUGUGAGCCCUUAACCCGGUGUGACUGGAACUUAAGUCGUUAGGGAGGUCAUUCAUCCCCUGCCUCCCCACCGCAGGCAGAGGGUCUUGUAUGUUUGGGAAGGGCUGUUGCGACCCCGUGAGAUCCAGGCAGCAGCCAGGGUGGAGGCGCAAACAGGUCCAGCUGAAUGUUCUGCCCCUUCCCACCCAUGGGCCUCAGCUGCCCGCUCAGACCCGACUUCACAGCUGGCGUCCUCCGACAUGCUUCAUUUGGUCCUCACAGGAGUUUUAAAUUCUUGAGUUCUGUGAUAAAAACGAGAUCUCGCCUCCCCCACACUGAGAGUCCACCUAAGAAUCCAGAUUUCUGUUUACCUUACAAAAAUGGAAAGACCUGGCAACAUUCCCAAAGAGCAAGAUCAGGCACCUGCUCCUGUUUGCCUCAACCUGCCCCUCCCUCCAUCCCUGCCCUACCUCUGUCCUUGGUCUCCUGUCCUUGGGUCCCCUGGCCUGUCCUUCACAGGUACCCAGGACUGCCCCAGAUGAGGAGUCAGCAAACUUUUCCCAUGAAAGCCCAGAUGAUAGUAUUUUAGGCUUUGUGGGCUAGUCCUGUGGUAACUCCAGCCUACAGGUGUGGAGCAGAAACUGCCCUUGUCGAAUCGUGGCGGUUCAAUAAAACUUUAUUCACAAAAACAGGCAGUGGCCAUGUGUGGCCCACAGGCUGUGGUUUGUUGACCUCUGCCGUACAUACACGAUAAUUUAUCCACAAGGCCUUGGAUUCUGAGAGAACAAGAGGUCCUUGCUUGGCUCUGCAGGGGACAGCAGGGCCUAGGGGCACUUGGGGAAGGGGACCAGAAGUCUCUUUCCUUGGCAACCUGACUUUACAGGCUGAGUCAAGAGGUAUUGGGACAGAUGGGCCAGCCAAGGCCAUGGUUUCUUGGGAGAUGCUGACUUCCUCUUGGGGGCGCUAAAGCCACCUGGGAUACUUGGCUUGAAAAGUUCUGAACCGCAGACCCUAGACUUUCCAGAAGGAGUGUCAGAAUUCAAGAAUCUUGAUGUGGUAAACACUGGUGGUCAGCAGACCAGUUCUGGAAAAUUGUCCCGUAUAGCCAGAGGCUGUCAUGUCAGUUCUGGAGGGAGGCAGGGACAGUCCAUUCCUGAGCCCCACAUCCUGGUAGAAGCAGAGACUAGGGUGGAAGAUGAGGAACUUCACUACUUAAAUGACCCAGUCCUGGCCAUUGACAGAUGGGGAAUGGUCUAAGGAGAGAGCCCAUUGGCCCGAGGCCCCCGAUGGGGGCGUGGGCACUGUCCACCAGGGGUCCCCAGUGGAAGUCAGCUGGGGAUUUGGAGGUGAGACCUGGAGCAGGGAUCAGAUGGGGGGCCUGGCUGGCCUGAGUAUAUUUUGGCCUUUUGAGAGAUUGUUUCUUCUCCCCUGAACAUGUGUCUCAGGCCAAGACAGAAGUCUUGAGUGCGGUAGAGAGGGAGCAGCUGGUGCCAGCCCCAUGUCCGGCUCGCUGCCUGUGGUCUCCUGAUAGGCUGUGGCCCUGGGUUCCUGAGGGGAAGAAGGGAUAGGGCUGGAGGAUGUCGCUGAGCCUAUCUCAGGAGCUCAGGGAGACAGCGUCAGGGGAACGGGCUGGGCACUCUGAACAGCAUUGCAUACCCGCAUCUGCCCACAUCUCCAUGCCCUUCUGAGCUCCAAGCAUGAACUGGGUUUGGAGAGGGAAACACGCAUGACUGGGAUAAGAAGGAGCCGUUACGAGGGCCCCCCUGCGACCUGGGGACAAGUGCCAGCCCCAGGGCGGAGGAACAUGGGUGGGCCUGGCGCCAGUCAUUCACCAUGGAACUACAGCGUGAACCCAAGGGGGACGGGUCCAGAACGUUCCAGGAGUCCAGCCCCCGAUGGCCAGGCACUACGGGCCUCUGAUGGGACAAAAUCCCCCAGCCGGGUCCCUGGCCACAACAGUUCCACAACAGUUCCACAACAGUUCCACUCGGGGCUGUCAGCCCCAGGGUCACAGCAGCAGGCAGGUCCUGUGUUUUUUCUGCCUCUGUGCUUUCUUCAGGGCACUGAGGGCCACUUUGGCAGCUUCCCUGAAGACGUCUUCCACAUUCUCCCGAAACUUGGCGGAACAUUCCAGAUAGAGUGCGGCUCGCAUCUUUUCGCAGGCAGUCAUGCCCUGGGAGGGGGUGGGGGGAGGCAGUAUUCAUUAGAUGAGGGCCUGGUGCCUCCUGACCACACACACACACACACACACACACACACACACACCACCCCACCCCCAGAGUCUUAGGAGUUUGGGCUAGCUUUGGAGGCUCUCCAGAGCUGGAAAACAAGCUUGAGUGCUGGCCAGUUUGGGGUUUGCAUGGCUGGAUGGAGGAAACCCCUUGCUGGCCCCCACCUGUCCUCUCCCUGGCUUUCAGCAGAAGGGGAGCUGAAUUGUGAGAACUGGGGUUAUCUAUAUCUCAGGCUUCUGUUCCUUGUCGGUUCCAAACUCAAUGACCGAGUUUGCUGGUGAAGUGAAAUAAAAACCUUGGUUUUACCAUUA